UGCGAGAAAGAGGGAGAGAAAAUGAGAAAGAGAAGGAAAGAUGGCUGAUUUGUUCAAAAAUCAGGCAAAAGAGUAUGUAGAAACUCGGCCGAGUUACCCAACGGAUCUUUUUCAAUUCAUUGCCUCAAAGACGCCUCACCACGAGCUUGCUUGGGACGUCGGUACCGGUAGUGGCCAGGCUGCUGUAUCCUUAGCUGGGAUCUACAAGAAUGUAAUAGCCACCGAUGCAAGCGCAGAACAGCUCGCUUUCGCACAAAAGCUCCCCAACAUCCGCUACCAACAUACUCCCUCCACGAUAUCUGCUGAGGAACUUGCACGCGAUGUGGCCCCACAUGGAACGGUCGAUCUAGUGAUAGUAGCCCAAGCCUUCCACUGGUUUGAUCACCCCACAUUCUACCAACAAGUGAACGUGGUACUCAAGAAACCCAAUGGAGUGCUUGCAGUUUGGUGUUACACUGUGCCACGAGUCAAUGACUCAGUCGACGCCGUCUUUUUGCGAUUGUAUGCUGAGUCCGCACCCUACUGGGCUUCGGCUCGUAAGAUGGUGGAUGAUGAGUAUAGGAGUUUCGAUUUCCCGUUCGAACCGGUGGAGGGAACUGACCACACUGGACCGUUCGAGUUCGAGACGAAGAGAUCGAUGAAUUUGGAUGCGUAUCUUACGUACAUACGAUCAUGGUCCGCGUAUCAGACAGCGCGUGAGAAGGGAAUCGAGCUGUUGAGUGAGGAAGUAGUGGAAGAUUUCAAGCGUGCAUGGGGAGAAGAGGAUACCAGUACUCAGAUUGUGAGGCAUCCCAUUUUUCUGAGGAUUGGGAGAGUAGGGAAUUAAGUGGGAAGAGUUUAGUAUGAAUUCCUCCUCCUAUUUUAUGAGUAGGACUGUCUACACCUUGCACACAACCACUGUAUAUAUACCACAUGAUAUACAUGUAUCUCAAUCAAAACCAUUGAAAACAUGGGCCAGAUUUUUGUAGAUGGAUCACUGAAUGGACAGUUGAAAAUAGUUAACUGCUGAAAUUUGACAAAUGGGUCUUGUCUAAUCAGAGGUUGAGAUCAUCUAACGAAAGUGGGGCCCAUAAUUUGGUUGGUUUAGAUUGAGAAGGUAGGCUAUGUGUACAAUGGUUGUGUGGAUGCAUAUGAAUAAUCAAAUUCAAGAGGGGGUAAUUGAAUGUUUUAAUAAUUUCCUUGAAGAAAUUGGAGGAUAUGUUCUCAUGUUUCAUCUUAUAAUUUGGCCAGGAAUUCUACUAGGA